AUGACGAGACCUGCCUCUCGACUUUCAAUCCCGCUGAUCGACGCAUUCAACCCGUUUGAAACACCCCAGCAACAGACUGCUGCAGCCAAAGCUGUUUCAAAUCAGUUAGCAGACUGGCUCCAGCGAUUGCGCACAGAUUUGAUUCGGCCGUUUUCAACUUCCGGUGGUACUGUGGACUCAACUGUUGGAUCGCCGAAUACCAUCAGUACAAUUCAAACACAUCCAUAUGCUGGCAAUGCCACACAAUUUGGCCAGCUACCUGAGGUCUCUGUUGCCGAGGCAGGUAAUGAAAAAGACCGCGAGAAAACCUUGAGCAGUGACGGCGUCCAGGUGGAACACCAGAGUCGUCCAGUUCUUGGUGAUUUCAGCAGUGAAAAUGACGGCAGUGAAGCAAUCAUUCACCCAAGCACUUCAGUCACUGUGACUAGCACGGAGAGUGCGAGACAAGAUAAGAACGGUACUGCCGAAAAUACUGAAAACUAUUACGAUGGUGACUUUGGCGUGGAAAAAAUUCCAGAAGCCGAAGAAAGUGACGAGACAACAGUCAAGGAACCCGACGACAGCAGCGGAUUGUUGGAGAGGAAAGUACUCGGAACAGAACUUGCAGAUCCAAUUCAAACGCCCGUUCCGCAAACUAAGGUUUAA